CAGUUCUGUAAUAAACGCCGUAUGAACGACGCCGUGUUCCGUUACUUCAUCCCCUAAACAACCCCCGUAUACCAUAUUGGCGACGAUUUCGAGUCUACGCGAAGUUUAACAGUGUCAUUUACAAGUAAAUAUGGCCAUCGGUAAAUUAGAAGUGUUUAAUGUUGAGUCGGACAGCUGGUCGACUUACGUGGAGCGGUUGGAGCAAUAUUUCGUUGUCAACGAAACAAAGGAAGAACACAAAGUGCCUACGUUGAUAACGGUUAUGGGAAAUCAAGCCUACGAGCUAUUAGUAACCCUGUGUACACCCGAUAAACCGGCAAGUAAAAAAUUCGCGGAGUUAGUGAAAGUGAUGAGCGGCCAUUUGCAACCGAAACCGAGUUUGUUAGCAGAGCGAUACCGGUUUCGUAACAGGAAACAAAAGACUGGCGAAUCGGUUGCGGAUUUUGUUGCAGAACUCAAAAAGUUAGCAAAGCAUUGCGUCUUUGGGACCCAGCUGACAGAAAGUUUAAGAGAUCAGCUAGUGUGUGGGCUUUGUGAUGAAACAAUACGGCAGCGGUUGUUUACCGAAGAUAAUAUUUCGUUUGACCGGGCAUUACAAGUGGCGGUAGCGAUGGAGGCAGCGCAGACAAACGCAGCGGCAGUAGUGGAGGGUCGGGCAAAAGGCUUGGAAGGCAGCCCGAGUACGUCGAGUGGUUGUCAUGCGGUAUCAGAGCAAUCAUGGCGCGGCAGGAGAGCGAUGACGUCAUACCGAGCGACCAACAACAAGGAGACGCGGCCUGGUAACAGCGCGCCGCAACCUUCGGGGUCCAGGCGCCAGGACCAGGCACCUCGAGGUUGGCGCCGUAACGAACAAACAGCACCACGCACUUCAUCGGGGCCGGAAUGUAGUGUUUGUGGUCGGCCGCAUGACUCAUCGAGUUGUAAAUUUGCAAAUUAUGUUUGUCGCGUGUGCAAUCAGCCGGGGCAUUUGAAGAAGAUGUGUCCUAGAUACCGUGAAGUAUUUGCGGAGGGGCUCGGGCGGUACACGGGUGGCGAGGUGAGUCUGCGGGUGCGCGAGGGCGCGAGGCCCGUGUUCCUGCGCGCGCGACCGCUGGCGUACGCGCUGCGCGAGCCGGUGGAGCGCGCGCUGGAGCAGCUGGAGCGCGACGGCGUCAUCACGCCGGUAGACUCGUCGGACUGGGCCACACCGAUCGUACCCGUCGUCAAGACGGACGGAACCAUUAGGGAACUACAUGUAGGACACUUAGGGAUAGUAAAAAUGAAGGCCGUGGCCCGAAGCUACGUGUGGUGGCCCGGUAUUGAUGCCGACAUUGAGGCGUGCUGCGCGGGUUGUCACACGUGCGCAGCGGAGGCACCGGCGCCGCCGCGCGCGCCGGUUAUGCCGUGGGAGUACCCCGGGGAGGUAGUUUCGGACAACGGGCCUCCAUUUACUAGCAGGGAGGUGGAUACCUUCAUGCGAUAUUAUGGUAUUACUCAUACUUUUACACCCGCAUACCACCCGGCAUCAAAUGGGGCCGCCGAAACAGCUGUUAAGUUGUGCAAAAGGGCGCUAAAAAAGGCAGUUAGAGAUCAAGUAGAUGUGGAAGAGGCUCUUCAGGAAUAUUUGAUGGCAUAUAGGAAUACUCCCCACAGCACAACGGGACAAACACCGGCCAUGCUUCUCCAAAAGCGGGCAUUGCGUUGCCGUCUGGACAUGUUACGGCCUGGUCGCGGGCUCGAGCAGCGUGUGGAGGCGGCACAAGAAAGGCAGGUGCAGCAGGCGGGGGGUACCGAUAGGGCGUUCCGGAUAGGAGAUCUUGUGUGGUUUAGGGAUUACAGCUCGGGGGAGAAAUGGCUUAAAGGGAAGGUGGAUAGCUUGAUAGGUUCUAGGACUGUGUUAGUGGUAAAGGAAAACGAUUUAUCAACUAGGUUUAAGAGGCAUGUAGAUCAAGUUAGAGCGCGAUCACCAGUUUCCGCGUUGGCGUGGCCUGGUCCGAUGGACCAUCCUGGAAUCACCCAACCACCGAUACCACCCGUGCCGCCGUCAGUGCAGAGGCCUCGUCGGAAUUUACCACCGGUCGAUCAUUACGUUGCAGUAUACCCAAACACAUCCCUGACCCCUCCAAUACCCACCAUCUUCCGUAUCUUCGGGUUGUCCUUGGGCACGUCGAUGGUGGAGUUCUGGUUGCGGUCCGGCAUCCACGUGACCUCGUAG